AUGUCUAUUGUUCGGAGUUCUCGAGCAUCUGUUUUGGUGAAUGGGUCUCUCACGUUUGAAUUCACGUGUCAACGGGGUCUUCGUCAAGGGGAUCCACUAUCCACUUUCUUAUUUAUUCUUGCUAUGGAGGCACUUACCCGGAUUAUGAGGAGGGCAUGUCACCUUGGUGUUUUUCAUGGUAUCCAAGUGGGAGGUAGUGGCCCGUUGAUUUCUCAUUUUAUUUAUGCAGAUGAUGUAGUGUUUUGUGGGGAAUGGUCCAUUGCUAACGCGAAAAAUUUGAGGCGCCUCUUAAGGGGUUUUUAUUUGAUUUCGGGUGUGAGAAUUAGUUCUAACAAGAGUUGUGUCUAUGGGGUUGGAGUAGAGGAGAAUGAGAUUAUGAAUUUAGCUACGGCUAUACACUUCUUGAGAGGAUUCGUCGGAAGUUUUUUUUGGGGAGGGACGGAAGACGUUGACAAAUUGAAUUGGUUGGCUUGGGAUAAAGUAGUUUCACCGGUUAAAUAUGGAGGUGUCGGGUUGGGUGCACUUAGAGAUGCGAACUUGAGCCUUUUAUCCAAAUGGUGGUGGCGGUUUAAAACAAACCAAAAUGCUCUUUGGCGAAAGGUAGUGUGGUCUAUCCAUGGUAGUGGUAGGGGAUGGAAUUGUAUACCGGUUAAACUAUCUUUAGGUGGGAUAUGGAAACAAAUCGCUAGUGUCUCGAGGUUAUUGGGUAAUUUCAAUAUGGAGCCGCAUAAGUUGAUAAAAGCGAACCUUAGGAGUGGAACGGGUAUUAAUUUCUGGUUAGACUGGUGGAUAGCCGAUGAUACACUGCAGAAUUUGUAUCCUCUGCUGUUUAAUUUGGAGAAAAACAAGUCUUGCUUGGUUUCGGAUAGGGUCCAGUCUUCGCUGCAGGGUACACAACUAAAGUGGGAAUGGAGGAGGUCAGUUUUUAGCGAUGUGGAGCAGGUCAAGUAUGCUGAGAUGCUGCUUCUUCUUUCGGCUGUUUCCACUAUGGUGCGGAUUCGUGGACUGCAAAGUUUAGUGGUUCUGGAUGCUUUGAAGUCAGCUCGCUAA